CCAAAAUACUGUGUGAAGUAAAGUUGGCUGCGGGCCGGUCAGAGCUAUGAGUGUCCGCUCCAGCUCCUGCACGGGGCUCUCUGCACUCCGCUCUCCGCACACACAUGUACUGCCACUCAUUACCAGGCAAGGCUGAGAGAGAGACAGCAGCCCAUACACAGCAGCAGCACUGUGCCCAGUCCUAGUGCCAUCCCUGUGCACUGCUAGAAGGAUGGUGGUGGCACCAGGACAGACCUGCUGGAUGAUGCUCUUACACUUACUGCUGCUACAGGAGAUGUGUGCUCUCUGCACUGAGUGAAUGGGCAGCAGGCUGUACUCAUUGUCUCCUCACCACACUCAUACAACAUGCGAACGGUACAGAAAUGGCCCACUCUCAUUAAUUUUCCUAUAUGAUACUUGAGAAGCUGCGUGAAGGAUUAAUUUUUUUUGCUGUUCUGUCAGUUUCAACUUUUUUUGUGAGCAUUUUAACUGGACUAAGACAAAAUGGACAAAGAAGAAAGAAAAUUUAGGAGAUGGCCUUCCGUUAAGAAGUAAAUCUUCCUUUGAAUAGCCACUAAUCAAGGUGGUGGCACAAUAGGAAGAAAAGUACAUGGACUUGUUAUGUUUCCGUUCUGGGAUCGAACUAAUAUUGUAGGAGAGAGGUAGCCUCAAACAGAAAACGAUUCAAAAAAGAAAGACGUGUACAUUUUUAUGUUUUCCAAAUUAUGGAACUUUUGUGGAAGACGUUGACCUGGAUAUUGGGCCUUGUCAUGGUUUCAUCGGAAUCUCACAGGGACCAAAGACUCGCCUAUCGAUCUCAAGGGGAGUUCCUGUCUUACCUUGAACACUACCAGCUGACGGUUCCUAUAAGGGUUAACCACAAUGGGGAUUUUGUCAGUUUUACUGUGAAGAAUGACAAACACUCACGGAGGAAGAGGAGUAUGGACUCUAAAGAUCAAGAGCAGGAAGCUUCUAAAUUAUUUUUUAAAAUUUCUGCCUAUGGCAAGCACUUUCACUUAAACCUGACUCUAAAUACGGAUUUGGUUUCCAAACACUUUACAGUAGAAUAUUGGGGGAAGAAUGGGCCUGAGUUUAAACACGAUUUCAUAGAGAACUGUCAUUACACGGGAUAUUUACAGGACCAAAAUACAACAACUAAAGUGGCUCUGAGCAACUGCAAUGGCUUGCAUGGCGUAAUUGCUACUGAAGAUGAAGAAUAUUUUAUUGAACCUUUAGACAACAUAACAGAAAACUCCAAUCACUUUAGCUUGGAAAGGGGCCACCCUCAUGUCAUUUACAGAAAGUCUGCCAUCCAUCAGAAACAUUCAAGUAGCAAAGGACACUGCGGUGUGAAAGAUGUCACUGGAAAUCAUAAACCCUGGUGGUUAAAUCAUACAUAUACUACCCCUACGGUGCCAUCGGAUAAUGACACAGAAAAUGGUCCUCGCCGGCAGAGGAGAUCGGUUAGUGUCGAACGGUUCGUGGAGACACUUGUGGUGGCUGACAAAAUGAUGGUGGGAUACCAUGGACGAAAGGAUAUUGAACACUACAUAUUGAGCGUAAUGAAUAUUGUUGCCAAACUUUAUCGUGAUUCCAGCCUAGGAAACGUUGUGAAUAUCAUAGUGACCAGACUGAUAGUCCUCACGGAAGAUCAGCCAAACUUGGAGAUAAACCACCAUGCGGACAAGUCCCUCGACAGCUUCUGUAAAUGGCAGAAAUCUAUUCUCUCACACCAGAGUGAUGGCAACACUAUUCCGGAAAAUGGUAUUGCUCACCACGACAACGCUGUGCUCAUCACCAGGUAUGACAUCUGUACGUACAAAAACAAGCCUUGUGGUACUCUAGGCUUGGCCUCGGUGGCUGGAAUGUGUGAGCCGGAGCGAAGUUGCAGCAUUAAUGAAGACAUUGGCUUGGGUUCUGCAUUUACCAUUGCACAUGAGAUUGGUCACAAUUUUGGUAUGAACCACGAUGGAAUUGGAAACUCCUGUGGGACCAAAGGUCACGAAGCUGCCAAGUUAAUGGCAGCUCACAUUACGUCUAACACAAACCCUUUCUCCUGGUCGGCCUGCAGCAGGGAAUAUAUCACCAGCUUUCUCGACUCAGGCCGUGGAACAUGCCUCGAUAAUGAACCUCCAAAGCGUGACUUUGUCUACCCGGCGGUAGCUCCCGGUCAGGUGUAUGAUGCAGACGAACAGUGCCGUUUUCAGUAUGGAGCAACAUCACGUCAAUGUAAAUAUGGGGAAGUGUGUAGAGAGCUCUGGUGUCUGAGCAAAAGUAACAGAUGUGUUACAAACAGCAUUCCUGCUGCUGAAGGGACCCUCUGCCAAACUGGAACCAUAGAGAAAGGGUGGUGUUAUCAGGGAGAAUGUGUCAAUUUUGGGACCUGGCCAAAAAGCAUUGAUGGAGACUGGGGACCGUGGUCAGUUUGGGGAGAGUGCACCAGGACCUGCGGUGGAGGAGUCUCCUCAUCUAUAAGACACUGUGACAGUCCAGCACCGUCGGGAGGAGGAAAGUACUGCCUGGGAGAGAGGAAACGCUACCGCUCCUGUAACACUGAUCCUUGUCCAUCGGGGUCUCGAGACUUCAGAGAAAAGCAGUGUGCAGACUUUGAUAGCAUGCCGUUUCGAGGAAAAUACUACAACUGGAAACCUUACACUGGAGGUGGUGUUAAAUCGUGUGCAUUAAACUGUUUGGCUGAAGGCUAUAACUUUUACACUGAGCGGGCCCCUGCUGUUAUAGAUGGAACGCGCUGCAAUUCCGAUUCCCUGGAUAUCUGCAUCAACGGAGAAUGCAAGCAUGUAGGCUGUGAUAACAUUUUGGGCUCAGAUGCCAAAGAAGACAGGUGCCGAGUAUGUGGGGGAGACGGAAGCACUUGUGAAGCUAUAGAAGGAUUCUUCAAUGAUUCACUACCCAGAGGAGGCUACAUGGAAGUUGUUCAAAUUCCACGAGGUUCAGUUCACAUUGAAAUUAAAGAAAUUGCCAUGUCUAAGAACUACAUUGCUCUGAAAUCUGAAUCAGAUGACUAUUUUAUAAAUGGUGCCUGGACAAUAGACUGGCCAAGAAAAUUUGAUGUCGCUGGAACAGCAUUUCAUUACAAACGACCAACUGAUGAACCCGAAUCCUUGGAAGCCUUGGGACCAACAACUGAAAACCUUAUAGUCAUGAUUCUUCUACAGGAACAGAACAUAGGAAUUCGAUAUAAAUUUAAUGUCCCCAUCACCCGUACAGGGAGCGGCGAUAAUGAAGUGGGGUUUUCUUGGCAUCAUCUUCCAUGGUCAGAAUGUUCAGCUACAUGUGCCGGAGGUAUACAGAGGCAGGAGGUGCUCUGUAAAAGACUGGAUGAUAACUCGGUUGUGCAGAAUAAUUAUUGUGAUUUGGACAGCAAGCCGCCAGAAAACCAGAGGGCCUGUAAUACAGAGCUUUGUCCACCUGAGUGGUUCAUAGGUGACUGGUCCGAAUGCAGUAAGACAUGUGAUGGAGGAAUGCGCACACGCACAGUGCUUUGUAUUCGACGGAUAGGACCUUCAGAAGAAGAGACUCUGGAUGACAUCAGCUGCUUGACGCACCGGCCAAUUGAAAAAGAAGCUUGCAAUAAUCAGUCUUGUCCUCCUCAGUGGAUUGCUUUAGAUUGGUCCGAGUGUACCCCCAAAUGUGGCCCUGGCUUCAAGCAUCGAAUUGUCCAAUGUAAAAGCAGUGACCUUUCAAAGACAUUUCCCUCUACAAAUUGCCCAGAAGAGAGCAAGCCACCAGUCCGCAUACGUUGCAGUCUGGGACGCUGUCCACCUCCCAAAUGGGUUAGCGGAGAGUGGGGACAGUGCUCAGCACACUGCGGUCUGGGACAGCAGAUGAGAACAGUGCAGUGUCUAUCGUACACGGGGCAGGCAUCAAACGAUUGUCCAGAAUCUCUUCGCCCACCUUCAAUGCAACAGUGUGAAAGCAAAUGUGACAGUAGCCCUAUUUCCAACACAGAGGAGUGCAAAGAUGUGAACAAAGUGGCUUACUGCCCGUUGGUGCUUAAGUUCAAAUUCUGUAGCCGAGCGUACUUCAGACAGAUGUGUUGUAAAACAUGCCAAGGACACUGACCCACCCCACAGCAUGGCAGCGUUUUAUCUGUGGAUGGCCCACUACCCAGACAGACAGAGAGAGGAGGGACAUGUUCUUGAAGCAUCCUUGAAUCCUGUGUAAAACAUAACCACUUCGUCAGCCCAAACUGACAGGAUCCCCAUUUUAUUUAACUUCUGUGAAGUGAAUUUAUUAUCCAAAGUACUGGACACACCAGCAAGGAGGAGAGGCGGAUUGUGGAACGCUAGCAGCACACUACUAAAGCGCAGCAGACUUUAGAACGGCUGUGCUGUCACGACUACAGCAAUCACCAAUCUUACCUCCUUGUUCGAUUUUUGUUAUGGACUUGCAAAAUGACACUGAAUCGAUUUGUAUUUAAAACUUUUUUUUUUUUUUUUCAAAUGCUGAUAUGACUUGGUUAAAAAAAAAAUAGAGAAAUUCAUACCUAAAAAAAAAUUAUAAAUAUUUUAUCUCAGUUUUACAGCACCAGAAGUUUAACUUAUAAAAAUGGGCUUUGAAAUGUUAUUUAAAAAGCAAUUAUAAAUCAAAACUAAAGUAAGUGUAUUUUGUUAUUCUGCCUAAAUUCUUCAGCAUUUUUUUUUCUUUUAAUACUGCUGUGAAGCAAAUAACAUAUAUAAAAGGUAUACAGUUGUCAGUAUUCAGAGCUGCGUCAGUGACACAUGCAUACAGUUGCAGGUCUACUUCUUCAGUCAAAGGUAGUAUCAACACAACUUCCAAUAUCAUGACUGUCCUUCGACAAAAGAGAAAAACAGAUCGCCUGCAAUCCGCCAUUUUACUAAUGUGAAAAAAAAGAGCAGUUGUCAUUGGUGCUAUUUUUCUUAUUAGUUAAUAUAAAUAUAUUUAAAACAGGUUUUAAA